GAGUGAAUGGCCGUUAACUAGGCAAAUCCGGGGGAGCAGGCGAACAUAAUCAUUUAUGAUUCCACUCGUUCGCAGAGGUAGGCGCAAUUACAACUCAGAUCAAGAAGCCUUCUGACCAUUAAUCAACGCUGGGAACGCAAUAAUAAGUGGGUUAACGAUAAAUAAAUAAAUAAAAAGUGACACUGACUCCGAAUGGGAGCCCCCAGUGCCACGGUGUCCAUCCCCCACUGAAGCUGGUUCAUCCACCCGGACACCUGCUGUCUCCGGCUCCACACCUCCCGGGCAUCUAGCGGUGUGAAGGCACUGACAAUGAAGCGGAGGAGGGGAAGUGUGCCACCAGCUAACGAAGGGACAGAAGGGCGUUGGCACACCGUCCUAGAAGAUGAUGUGGAGCCACCUCAACCAACAUUUAGGCCGAAAAGGAAGCCAGGACCUCAGGUGAACAUGACCGCAACUUACAGCCCCCUUCAGCUUUUUCAGCUGUUUUUCACCCAAUCCGUUGUCAAUUCACUCCUGUCUAACAUGAAGAAGAAUGGGGAGAAGAAGCAAGCAGGCAAAAAGGUAGCAUGGAAGCCCAUAUCCAUGUCAGACUUUUUCUGUAACCUUUCACUGGUCGUCUAAAUGGGGCUGGUGAGGCUGAAAAGCCUGAGGGACUACUGGAAAACAUCAUCUCUCUACCAACUGCCUUUCCCCAUGACUGUUAUGUCCUGCAAAAGGUUUCUGGUUCUCUCACAGGCGCUUUAUACAACAGUGACCCAAAGGUUGAUGAAGCGAAUGACAAGAAGAGAGGCACAGCAACGUUUGACUGUGCAAAAUAAAACCUCUCUACUACAACACUGUUGAGGCCUGCAAAACCUACUUUCAGCCAGCCCAGAAUGUGUCAAUAGAUGAGCGGAUGGUAGCCUCAAAGGCCAGAAUUGGCCUCAAACAAUACAUGAGGAACAACCAACCAAGCGGGGUUACAAGCUGUUUGUGUUGGCUGAUUCUGUGUGUGCCUACACAUGGAAUUUUUUUGUCUAUGAGGGGAAGAACAGUUUUGCUACCGGUAAGGGACUUAGCUAUGACUCUGUAAUGGAGUUAUUGGAUUUUCAACUGCUAGGGAAGGGCUACAAACUGUUUGUGGAUAACUUCUACACAAGCCCUACCCUGUUUGCAGACCUUAGGAAGCGGGACGUGUGGGCCAACAGGGUGGGCUUUCCGAAGACUAAGGUGAACAACAUGCCUAAGCUGGCUGAGCGGGGGACCAUGCGAUGGAUCCGUGAAGAUGGCCUGCUGUUUGUAAAGUGGAUGGAUACCAGAGAGGUGGUGAUGUGCACAACAAUCCACAAGUCCUUCAAUGGGGAUCAUGUUGUCAGGCGUGUGAAGGACGGUGCCGGGGUAUGGACCACCAAAAAUGUCCCCAUUCCAACUGCAGUAAAGGACUACAACAAGAGCAUGGGAGGUGUGGACCUAUCAGAUGCGCUGAUAGGCUAUUACAAUGUUCUCCAUAAGACGAUGAAAUGGUACAAGAGCUUCUAUCAUUUCAUCUACAUUGCUGUGGUGAAUGCAUUCAUCCUACACAAGGAAAUGGCUAAGAGCUGUGGAAAGCCCUUCCUCUCACAGAAAACCUACAGAGUUGCUCAUCAAGGAGCUUGCUGACUACAGCACCACAGCACCAAGCCCUGUCCCUUCUGCUCCUGCCACAAGUGUUCAUCUGCCCAAAUUUAGUUAUGCAGGCAGGGAUGUACCUAAGGGCCAAAAGGGCACAGAAUGGAGGCGUUGCUGUGUUUGCAAGAUGAAGUCCCCCAUCACCUGCACCACAUGCUUGGUGACCCUCUGCUUUACAGCAGAAAGAGACUGCUAUGCCACCUGGCAUCAGCAGCACCAUAUUGUGUAGAGCUUAGGCAAAUGGGGGGGGG